AUGUCAUCAAAGGAAGAAGUUAGAGGUAAGUUCGUUGACGAAUUUCCUGAAUUGGUCGAAGAAUUGAAAGAUGUGUUGAGGAAGUACGGCAUGCCUGCCGAGGCAAUUACGUGGUUCGAAAAGAAUUUGAACUACAACACUCCAGGUGGUAAAUUGAAUAGAGGGUUAUCUGUUGUUGAUACUUAUGCCAUCUUGAAGAACUACAAGUCCGUCAAUGACUUGUCCAAAGACGAGUACAGAAAAGUUGCUGUCUUGGGUUGGUGCAUUGAAUUAUUGCAGGCUUACUUCCUGGUUGCUGAUGACAUGAUGGAUAAAUCCAUCACCAGAAGAGGCCAGCCAUGCUGGUACAAAGUUAAAGACGUUGGUGAAAUUGCCAUCAACGAUGCUUUUAUGUUGGAGGCUGCUAUCUAUGAACUGUUGAAGAAAUACUUCAAGGGCCAGAGCUAUUACAUUGACUUGAUUGAACUGUUCCACGAAGUCACCUUCCAGACUGAAAUGGGUCAAUUGUUGGAUUUGAUCACUGCCCCAGAAGAUAAGGUCGACUUGUCCAAGUUCUCCCUGGCCAAGCACUCCUUUAUCGUCAUCUUCAAAACUGCCUACUACUCUUUCUACUUGCCCGUUGCAUUAGCCAUGUAUAUGGCAGGAAUCACCGACGCCAAGGACUUGAAACAGGCUCAAGACGUCUUGAUCCCACUGGGCGAGUACUUCCAAAUCCAAGACGAUUACUUGGACUGUUUUGGAACCCCAGAACAAAUCGGCAAGAUUGGUACCGAUAUCCAGGACAACAAAUGUUCCUGGAUCAUAAAUAAAGCUUUGGAACUGGCCACCCCGGAGCAAAGAAAAGUCCUGGACGAAAACUACGGUAGAAAGGACUCUGUCAUGGAAGCCAGAUGCAAGAAGAUCUUCGUCGACAUGAAACUAGACGAACAUUACCAUGAAUAUGAAGAAAAGGUUGCUACAGAAUUGAAAGCUAAAAUAGCUAAAAUCGAUGAAUCCCGUGGCUUCAAAGGUGAAGUCUUGACUGCUUUCUUGAACAAGGUCUACAAGAGAUCCAAAUAA